AUGUGCAAGCAUAUCCUCAACGCCCAGGUCGCGAUUCGAUCUCCUUGCUGCCGCAAGUGGUUCGAUUGCGCCGAAUGUCAUGCCGAGCAGGAAAACCAUACCCUGAUGCAGUCUUUCGAAAUGGUCUUUGCCUGCAAAAAGUGCCGAAAGGUCUUCCGCAAAGACGCGCAGCAGUUUGAGGAAAGCGACGAGUACUGCCCACACUGCGACAACCACUUCGUCAUCGAGGCAAAGACCCCCAAGGCCGCCCUCUCCGUCGAGAGCGACGAUGUUCGCGUUAACAACAAGAUGCUCAAGGACGAGCGAACAAGGCAACAGAAACUGAGGAGCAUCUUCGAUCCAGACGAGGAGGCAGACAAGCUGGGUUGA